GGGCAAAGCAGGGAAACCACCUGAGCAAACAGUAGUCAGAGUGUUCCCGGGGCUAAAAUGCCCAGGAGGUCUAAUUCUGGUCUGAAGGGUGGUCCCGGGAGUAGACCCCCCUGGCUGUCCUGUGGCCUCUGCCUUGUGAUCUUUUUGAGCCAGGUGGCCUUGCUGCAGGGACACCCCCAGUGCCUGGAUUAUGGGCCCCCUUUCCGGCCAUCCCGGCGCCUUGAGUUCUGCUCCGACUAUGGGUCCUUCGGCUGCUGUGACCAGCACAAGGACCGCCGCGUUGCAGCCCGAUACCAGGACAUCAUGGACUACUUCGAUCUGAGGGGCCACGAGCUAUGUGGAGGUUACAUUAAAGACAUCCUGUGCCAGGAGUGCUCGCCCUAUGCCGCUCACCUAUAUGAUGCCGAGAACCCGCAGACGCCCCUCCGGAACCUUCCGGGCCUCUGCUCUGAUUACUGCUUUGCAUUCCACUCUAACUGCCACUCCGCCAUCUCCCUGCUGACCAAUGACCGUGACCUCCAGGACGCCCAGGACAAGGACAGUGCCCGCUUCUGCCACCUCCUCAACCUUCCUGACAAGGACUAUUGCUUCCCCAAUGUCCUGAGGAAUGACCAGCUCAACCGCAGGCUGGGUGUGGUGGCUGAGGACCAUGAAGGCUGCCUGCAGCUCUGCCUUGCUGAGGUGGCCAACGGGCUGAGGAACCCUGUUGCCAUGGUCCAUGCAGGGGACGGCUCACAUCGCUUCUUUGUGGCCGAGCAAGUGGGCGUGGUGUGGGUCUACCUCCCUGAUGGCAGCCGCCUGGAGCAACCCUUCCUGGACCUCAAGAGCGCUGUGCUGACCACUCCGUGGAUCGGAGAUGAAAGAGGCUUCUUGGGUUUGGCCUUUCAUCCUCAAUUCCGUCGCAACCGCAAGUUCUAUAUUUAUUAUUCCUUUCUGGGCAGAAGGAAGGUUGAAAAGAUCCGGAUUAGUGAGAUGAAGGUUUCUCGGGCUGAUCCCAACAAAGCUGACCCCAAAUCUGAGAGGAUCAUCUUGGAGAUAGAAGAACCAGCCUCCAAUCACAACGGUGGACAACUUCUUUUUGGCUUGGAUGGCUAUAUGUAUAUAUUCACUGGGGAUGGAGGGCAGGCCGGGGACCCCUUUGGCAAGUUUGGAAAUGCUCAGAACAAAAGUUCACUGCUGGGAAAAGUGUUAAGGAUCGACGUGAAUGGGGCAGGCUCUGGUGGCAGGCAGUACCGAAUCCCCUUGGACAAUCCAUUUGUUUCUGAGCUGGGAGCUCACCCCGCCGUCUAUGCCUAUGGGGUCCGAAACAUGUGGCGCUGUGCUGUAGACCGAGGGGACCCCAUCACACGCCAGGGCCGAGGCCGGAUAUUCUGUGGGGAUGUGGGCCAGAACAAGUUUGAAGAAAUUGACCUCAUUGUUAAAGGAGGAAACUAUGGCUGGAGGGCCAAAGAAGGCUUUGAAUGUUAUGACAAAAAGCUUUGCUUCAAUACCUCACUGAAUGAUGUUCUGCCCAUCUAUGCCUAUGGCCACGCUGUGGGCAAGUCAGUCACAGGAGGCUAUGUCUACCGCGGAUGUGAAUCUCCAAAUCUUAACGGUCUCUACAUCUUUGGGGACUUCAUGAGUGGUCGACUUAUGGCUUUGCAGGAAGAUAGGAAAAGCAAGAAGUGGAAGAAGCGGGACAUUUGCUCAGGCAGCACUGUGACCUGUGCCUUCCCAGGGCUGAUCAACACCUACAGCAAGUUCAUCAUCUCCUUUGCCGAAGAUGAAGCAGGGGAGCUGUACUUCCUGGCCACCUCAUAUCCAAGUGCCUAUGCAGCCUACGGAUCUAUUUACAAGUUUAUUGAUCCCUCCAGGCGUGCACCCCCAGGCAAGUGCAAACACAAGCCAGUGCCAGUGCAAACCAAGAGUAAGCGGAUUCCGUUCCGGCCACUUGCCAAGACGGUCUUGGAUUUGCUAAAGGAGCAAUCAGAGAAAGCUGCCAGGAAAACAUCCAAUGGCACCUUGGCUUCCAGUGCAGACCGGGCCUCAUCCAAGAAGCUGGCUUCUGCCACACACAGCAAGACAAGGCAGCGAGGGCCUGGGAGAAAGAAGAAAGCCAGAGCAUGGUUUCCAGCCUCCCAGGGGCUGAGGAAGAAGAGCCUGUACCCCCGCAGUGGCAGGAUAAGGCUUUCAGCACAGCGGAGGCCAGCAGGGGCUAGCCUCCCUUAAACUUUGGUGAAGCUGGCCAAGGGGACUGUGGCAGAGAGUGCUCCAGCUUGUCACUUGGGAGCUACUGCUGGAGUGGAGGAGGGAGCAGGUGGACAGGACUUUCCAUCAAGAGCCUCAUGGUUGUCCUGUCUGGCAAGGCUUGCCAUCUAUGGAGUGACAAGUGGGCUUUGUCCACAUACACAGUGCUUCUGCAGACAGGCCAUGUCGCCCACUGCAAG